UGAAAGUACAGAUCCAGAGUUGCACAAUUGUCUUGUUCAAACGCUCCAGAUUAUAUUUUAAGAAGUCCUAACUGAGUGUACUUGGACUUGAUCAAACAAAAUGAUCUAACGAUUCGACCAAAGUUGACUACUAGACAUUCAGUGAACGACCAAUACAUUUAUCGACGUCGGGGCGUUCACGGAUUCUAGGUACUUCUUCCCGAGAUGACUACCAAAUGGACGCAUAAGUUAUCUAUUACUGAGCUCGAUGAGGAUGGUCUCCCAUCGGUCGUCUACCAACUCGACCCAGCUACAGCCCGUGUCAGAAGACAAUCAGCCCAGAAGUCCGCCUCCAUCACAUCACGCUCAAUUCUUCAGAGAUGCAUAUCACCGUUUCUGCCAGCUGGCUAUCCUUCCACGGUGACCCCUGACUACACUCCUUAUCAGAUCUGGGACUCGGUACAAGCAUUCGCCUCCACUAUUGCUGGUCUGCUGGCGUCAAGGGCCGUGUUCGUCGGCAUGGGUGUUGGAUCCGAGGAUGCGUCGCUAGUCACCACAAUGUUGCUAUACAUCGCUCAGGAAACGAUUGGCCGAGUUGCUACAAUCCUCUUUGCUCAUCGUUUUUCUCAGCGUAUCGAAGCCGAAGUCAAAUUCUAUCGAUUCUUUGCUGACAUUGUCAAUGACAUUGCUUUCGUGCUAGACUGCAUGAGUCCUGCUAUGCCUCUGCUCGGACGGGUGUUGACGCUCUGCAUCAGCAACGCAUGUCGAGCAAUGUGUGGAGUUGCUGGUGGUAGCAGUAAGGCUAUCUUGAGUUCCCACUUUGCCAAAGCAGGGAAUAUAGGUGAGCUGAACGCGAAAGAUGGAAGUCAAGAGACUGUCAUUAGUCUAGUAGGAAUGUGGGCAGGCGGCCUGGUUGUCAGCAAAGUCCACGGAACAAAGGCCACAUGGUCUCUUCUGGUGCCUCUAUUAAUGCUACAUCUAUGGGCCAAUUGGCAAGCCGUGAGAAGUGUCCGCUUGAACUCUUUAAACAGUGAAAGAGCGGCAAUUUUCUUCACAAACUUGAUCGAUGGCCGGAUCAUGACUCCUGAUGUAGUGGGGGAGCAGGAAUCGGUGCUCAGACGAACAAAUCAUGGGAUGGACCUUCAACUUGGUCUUGAUUUGAAUUCCUUCCUGCAUUUCAUGCAAACAUCAUUGAGGAGCGAAUCUGAUGCACUUAUGGAGUUCAACCAUGUGGUUGAAAUCUUCGCGAAGGAAGAGUACCUGCUCUGGGUUGAUUAUGAGAGAAGGAAGGGUGUCAUGGUGCUGAAAGAAACAGCGACAGCUCAGGCUCAAUUAAAAGGCUUCUGGCAGCUGGUUCUAUGCUUGCGUGGCAAUCUGCCCUUGACCAGAGAUCUCAAGGUUCAACAAGAUUCGACUGCCGCCAAGUCUGAGGCCUCGAAUGUGCUCGUGUCCUCUAUGUACAAGGUUCAUGAAGAGUGGCAGCAGGUCCGAAAUCAAGCUCAACAAGUCGGCUGGGAUCUCGAUGCGACAAACUUAGUCAAUGGCCAAGGACGCCGGAUCCGAGUAAAACUUGCCUCUGAGGAUAAGAAGGACAAGUGAAGAGACAGACUAGCAAACUUCGCUUCCACGUCAAUAGCGUCGACUGUCACAUACCUGGUGGAGAUGUGGUAUGCGAGGGUGCUACCUAGAACGGAUGCGUCCAUUUAUGGCAGGCGAAUAAGGCACGGAGCGUGCCUUGGUAUCCUAUUGUACAAUACAAUUGUAGCGGAGUAGGG